UUCAUAAAUACCUCCGCACAUCUCUCCAUUUUCUCCAAGUCCACCAUUUUCCACCCCAAUAUAUAUACACCGUUUUGAUCAAACGUGAUAUUAUUUUUUGCCGAGCAGGAGGAUUACUCCGGCGAGGAAACGGGGAAGAUGGUGAUGACGAAAAAAUCGCCGACCAGGACGGCAUUGGUGUUUGUCGUGGUGGCGGCCGUGAGCCAGCUGUUUGUGGCCGGUUUGGCGAAGAAGACACCAAGAUUCCCACCAGCAGUACCACCGGAACGAUUCGGCGAAGGCAGCAUAAAAGAUAUCAGCCUGGUGGUGAAGAACCGGGAUAACGCGUCGGUUAUACCGGAGCUGAUAGGUAAUUAUUACGGAGAAAUGGUGACCGGAUAUAUUAAGAUGCAAACUCAUGCCGGAACCCAUCUUGUUUCUCACGGUUACAUCUCCCCAGAUAGCUAUACCGUCGAUCAACUCGACUUCAGAACUCUUGUCGGUCCGGUUUUGGUUGUCGAUAUUCCUGAAGCCAUCCAGCGUAUAACUGCUGAUGUGUUGCAGUCCUUAAACCUUCCCGUGGGAUUGAAGCGUGUGAUUUUUCGGACGACGAACACUAUCCAGAAAUUCAUAGAGAAGCCAUUCAAUCCCAAUUAUACGGGAUUGACACCAGAUGCGGCAACUUGGUUGGCCCAAAACACCGCCAUUGAAUUUGUUGGAAAUGAUUACGUGUCUGUUGCAGUGGAUGAUCAAAGGACCGAAGUUUAUGAAAACUUAUUUGCAAAACCGAAAAUGGUGGCCGUGGAAGGUCUACUCCUUAAUGAUAUCAAUCCAGGAGAAUACACAGUCUACUGUUUUCCAUUGAGGUUAGAGGCAGAGUCAUCACCAGCCAGGUGCAUUCUUGUUCAAUGACAUUCUCCCGUAAGGAACAAAAGAAAAUGUGUUAUCCCAGUUACGCUCGCUCCUCUAAAUUCAUUGGCUCGAUGGGGGGCGAUUGUCCUUGUAGGGCUAAUAUAUAGUGUUCCACAUAAAUGUACUUCCAACAAUCUAUUCAUAUCGACUAUUGUUGUUUGGGUCUGAAUUUUUGUUUUUUCCCCACUUUUUAUUCAUUGAUGAAAAAGCGAGGUGAUACUCUUUUUCUUUUUUUUUUUUUUUUCCUUUAACACAAAUCAAUAUA